AUGGCGUCUCUCUUCACCAAUGGACCCUGCAUCCAAAGUGAGGCCGAAGUGGGUCACCUCUGUCGGAGCCUGGAAGUGGGCACGGUCAUGACUCUCUUUUACUCCAAGAAGUCCCAGAGACCCGAGAGAAAAACGUUUCAGGUGAAGCUGGAAACCAGGCAGAUCAUUUGGAGCAGGGGGUCGGACAAAAUCGAAGGCGCAAUUUCAGAUACUGGCAAAUUUAGUGAUUGUGCUAUCACUAAAAUUGCUGGAUUGGACUAUCUUAGUGGAAAUCGUAAGAACUUCAUAAAAGCUCUCCUGGAACAGACCGAGGGUCCAUUUAGUCCAGCCUCCUGCUUCCUACUGCGAUUAGCAAGAUGCCCUUGGGAAGCCCACAAAAAGAACAUUAAAGAAAUAGAGGCCUUCUGCCCUUGUCUUCAUCAAGGCAUUCUCAUGACAUUUGAUAUUCGUGAAAUCCAAGAAAUUCGUCAGGGAAAGAAUUCCAGAGAUUUUGACCGAUACCAGGAAGAUUCUUGUUUCCGCCCAGAACAGUCUCACUGCUUUGUCAUCCUUUAUGGCAUGGAAUUCAGAUUAAAAACACUCAGUUUGCAAGCCACUUCCGAAGAUGAAGUCAACAUGUGGAUCAAAGGGUUGAACUGGCUUGUGGCAGAUACCCUAAAAGCUGCUACUCCAUUGCAAAUUGAAAGGUGGCUUCGGAAACAGUUCUACUUUAUCGACCGCAACAGAGAGGAUAGAAUUUCUGCAAAAGACUUAAAAAAUAUGCUAUCUCAAGUCAACUACCGUGUCCCCAACAUGAGAUUUCUAAGAGAGAGAUUAUCAGAUGUGGAGCAGAGAAAUGGGGAUAUCACUUAUGGACAAUUUGUUCAGCUGUACCAGAGCUUGAUGUACAAUGCACAGAAAGGAAUGGCUGUUCCAUUCUUAGAAAGCAAUGGGGAGAGAUCCGAAUACCACAGAAUUUCUCUGUCAGAGUUCCAGACAUUUUUGCUAGAAUACCAAAUGGAGCUUUGGGCUGCAGACCUUUCCUUGGUGCAAGAUUUUAUGUUUACUUUCUUGUCAGAUCCAUUGAGAGUAAUUGAAGAACCUUAUUUUUCUUCAGAUGAGUUUCUCACCUUCCUGUUUUCCAAGGAGAACAGCAUCUGGAACUCGGAGUUUGAUGUCAUACGCCCAGAGGACAUGAACAACCCCUUGUCCCAUUAUUGGAUCUCAUCCUCUCAUAACACAUACUUGACAGGAGAUCAGUUCUCAAGUGAGUCUUCCUUGGAAGCCUAUGCUCGUUGCCUGCGCAUGGGAUGCCGCUGUAUUGAACUUGAUUGCUGGGAUGGUCCUGAUGGGAUGCCUGUGAUUUAUCAUGGACACACAUUAACUACAAAAAUUAAGUUUUCUGAUGUCCUCACCACCAUCAAGGAGCAUGCUUUUGUAACUUCUGAUUAUCCUGUUAUCCUAUCCAUUGAAGACCAUUGCAGCAUUGCCCAGCAGAGGAAUAUGGCUCAGAACUUUAAGAAAGUCUUUGGAGAUAUGCUGCUAACCAAACCGGUAGAUAUCUCUGCUGACGGUCUGCCAUCUCCAAACCAGUUGAAGAGGAAGAUUCUCAUAAAGCACAAGAAACUGGCUGAGGGUAGUGCUUAUGAAGAAGUACCAUCAUCUGCAGUGUAUUCGGAGAAUGACAUCAGCAAUUCAAUAAAGAAUGGAAUUCUCUAUCUGGAAGACCCCAUCAACCACGACUGGAAUCCUCAUUAUUUUGUCUUGACCAGCAGUAAAAUCUAUUACUCUGGAGAGACAACCAGUGAUUUAGGAAAUGAAGAGGAGGAGGAGCAAAGGGAGACAAGCAACAGUACUGAACUCCAUUCCACUGAAAAGUGGUUCCAUGGCAAACUGGGAGCAGGGCGUGAUGGCCGCCACAUAGCAGAGAGGCUGUUAAUGGAAUAUUGUGUGGACACUGGAGCCCCCGAUGGCUCAUUUCUGGUGCGAGAAAGUGAGACCUUUGUUGGUGAUUACACUCUUUCCUUCUGGCGCAAUGGAAAAGUGCAGCACUGCCGGAUCCAUUCCCGGCAAGAUGCUGGCAGCCCCAAAUUCUUCCUCACUGAUAACCUGGUAUUCAAUAGCCUCUAUGAUCUCAUUACUCAUUACCAGCAAGUGCCCCUCAGAUGCAAUGAAUUUGAAAUGAGGUUGACAGAACCGGUGCCCCAGACAAAUGCACAUGAGAGCAAAGAAUGGUACCAUGCUAAUCUCACUCGGAAUUCAGCUGAGCGCAUGCUGAUGAGGGUGCCCCGGGAUGGAGCCUUUUUGGUGCGCAAGAGGAGUGAGUCAAAUUCCUAUGCAAUCUCUUUUCGAGCUGAAGGAAAGAUCAAGCACUGCCGUGUACAGCAAGAUGGUCAGACAAUCAUCUUAGGCAAUUCAGAAUUUGACAGCCUGGUGGAUUUAAUCAGCUAUUAUGAGAAACACCCAUUGUAUCGCAAAAUGAAGUUGAGAUAUCCUAUUAAUGAAGAAACACUGGAGAAGAUUGGGACAGCAGAACCAGAUUAUGGUGCUCUAUAUGAAGGACGGAAUCCGGGAUUUUACGUGGAGGCCAACCCUAUGCCAACGUUUAAGUGUGCUGUCAAAGCUCUGUUUGACUACAAAGCACAGCGAGAAGAUGAGCUCACCUUCACAAAAAAUGCAAUCAUCCAAAAUGUAGAAAAACAAGAAGGAGGCUGGUGGAGAGGAGAUUAUGGGGGUAAGAAGCAACUGUGGUUUCCCUCUAAUUAUGUAGAAGAAAUAACUAGUCCAACUGGCCUGGAGCCUGAGAGAGAGCAACAGCUAGAUGAAAAUAGCCCUCUGGGAGAUCUACUCAGAGGAGUACUGGAUGUACCAUCAUGUCAGAUUGCUAUCCGCCCUGAGGGGAAGAAUAGCCGGAUGUUUGUGUUCUCCAUUAGUAUGGCAUCUGUCUCACGGUGGUCACUGGAUGUUGCAGCUGACACUCAUGAAGACCUGUUGGAUUGGGUGAAGAAGAUCCGUGAGGCAGCCCAAACUGCUGAUGCCAGGCUCUCUGAAGGGAAGAUGAUGGAACGGAGGAAAAAGAUAGCUUUGGAGCUUUCAGAGCUUGUAAUCUACUGUCGUCCUGUUCCCUUCGAUGAAGACAAAAUCGGCACCGAAAGAGCCUGCUAUAGAGAUAUGUCAUCUUUUCCUGAAACCAAAGCAGAAAAGUAUGUCAACAAGAUCAAAGGGAAGAAAUUUCUACAGUACAACCGAUUACAGCUUUCCCGCAUAUACCCCAAAGGACAGCGCCUUGACUCUUCCAAUUAUGAUCCCCUCCCCAUGUGGAUCUGUGGCAGCCAGUUGGUGGCACUCAACUUUCAGACACCAGAUAAGCCAAUGCAGAUGAAUCAGGCUGUAUUCAUGUCUGGAGGCCAAGGUGGCUUUGUGUUGCAACCAGCCAACAUGCGGGAUGAUAUCUUUGAUCCCUUUGACAAGAACAGUCUGCGUGGCAUGGUGCCACUUUCCAUCUCCAUUGAGAUUCUGGGGGCACGACAUCUUCCCAAAAACGGAAGGGGAAUUGUUUGCCCAUUUGUAGAGGUUGAGGUAUCUGGAGCAGAUUAUGAUAAUGCAAAACAGAAGACCGAGAUGGUGGUGGACAAUGGUCUGAAUCCUGCUUGGACCCUAAAGACUUUUCAGUUCCAUGUCAGUAAUCCUGAUUUUGCUUUUCUGCGUUUCGUGGUAUAUGAAGAAGAUAUGUUCAGUGACCAGAACUUCUUAGCUCAGGCCACUUUCUUGGUUAAAGGCCUAAAGACAGGAUACCGGGCUGUGCCUUUGAAGAACAACUACAGUGAGGAUCUGGAAUUGGCCUCCUUGCUUGUUAAGAUAGAUAUAAUUCCUCUCAUGGAAAAUGGUGAAAUUAAUCCCUUUGCAGCAUCGCCUUUCCGAGAGAGGUCUGCUGAUUCCCCAAAUCAGCUCUUGACAGGCAGAGCCAGAGAAGGUUCUUUGGAAGCACGAUAUCAGCAACCAUUUGAAGAUUUCAGGACCUCACAGGAGCAGCUAUCAGAGCAUUUUGACAAUCGAGAUAGAAGGUUCCUGCGAAAGACACGGGUGAAUGGGGAUAAUCGCCUCUAGCUCCAAUUUCCCUGCUGGAAAGCACUCCUCCAGUGCUUGUGAUUCUCACGGAUUGCUGUGAACUGGUUUCUAUGGAAACGUCACAUGCUUUGGCCUACUUUCAGGCAGCUUUUCCAGUUUCUGUUCUGAAGGAUGUUCAAGUGGAGAACUUUUUUU